AUGGCAAGAACAGCAGAAAGGGCAAAAACAAUAAGAAUGAUGUUGAUGUGCAAGUCACAAGAUCUCUUUCUAAGAGAAAUGCAGAAUCAAAUAAGAAAAUUGGAGAAUCCAAACCAUCCAGAUUUCCUCCAAAAAGAGAAUAGUGGUAAGGUCCUAGUUACUACAUCGGUAUAUGCAAAAUGUGAUGCUAAUGAAAGGUUGGAGUUGUCAGAUAGCAUUUAUGCUUUGUCCAACAAUAUGAACUACCCAUUGUUAGUUGGGGGAGAUUUUAAUGUCAUUACGAAUAAAGAGGAAAAGAUUGGAGGGUUACCAGUAUAUCAUACAAAGUUUGAAGAUUUUGCUUUUUGCAUGAAUUCUUGUGAAUUGACAGAAGUUGAAUUUAGAGGCAGUCCUUUUACUUGGUGGAAUGGUAGAGCUGGGGAUGAUUGUAUUUUCAAGAGGUUGGACAGAAUUUUAGUGAAUAGUCAUUUUCUAGAUUGGUUUGGCAAUCUGAGUAUGGAGCAUUUGUCUCGAACUGGUUUAGACCAUGCACCUCUUUUGUUGACUUUGAUUACCAGAGAGAAUAUUGUCAAGAUUAAGGAACAACAUUUUGAAGAGGAUCCUUUUGAAGUUAAUAGGAUGGUUUUACAACAAGCACAGGCAGAAUUCAAGAGAUACUUACACUUUGAGGAGGAGUUUUGGAGACAAAAAUCUGGGAUUCAGUGGCAUACAGAAGGGGAUAGAAAUACUAGAUUCUUUCAUAGUUUGGUUAAUGGAAGAAGAAAGAGCUUGCAACUCACCAUAAUUCAAAAUGGAGAAGGAGAUUGGAUUGAUAAUAGUGAUUUCAUUGCUAAUGUAGCAAUUGAACUUUAUCAGAGGCAGUUUACUCAAGAGGCUACUUAUUCAGAUUAUAGCAUACUAGAACAUGUUCAGGAGAGUGUCACACAGGAGCAGAAUUCCGCAUUAUGUUCUAUGCCUUCAUUGGAGGAAGUGAAAAGAGUUGUUUUUGAGCUUGCAGGGUAUAGUGCAUGUGGACCUGAUGGCUUUUCAGAGGUGUCUCUUCAAAGAAUUAUGGGGGUUCUGCAUGAGUAUGAACUUGCUUCUGGUCAGAAAAUCAAUGUGGAUAAAAAUGCCUUUUACAUGCAUAAGAAUGUCCCUAGUGAAUUGAUUCAAGAUGUGCAGCAGACUAUUGGUUUCACUAGGGGGAAUUUCCUUUUACUUAUCUUGGAUGUCCAAUAUUUCAUGCUAGAAAGCAGAAGCUUUUCUACAAGGAUGUAA